ACAAAUUUGAUAAAUCCUAAUUACCGCUGUUUAGGAGGUUUUUCUGUUAAAAAAAGAAAAAAAACUAAUUACAGUAUCUAACAUUACAGGUUUUGUACGUCACACCAUGUUAAAAUUAUAUAAUUACGCAAUGAAGACAUUAAUGUUUCUUCGUAUUUUCUUUUCCACUUAGCAAAAACUAGACUUACCAGUAUUUCCAUCUAGUGGCAACGUAUCAUAUUUUUAAAAGAUAGACGAUCCUUUUUUUAAUCUUAUUUGCAGUUAGUCACAUGGAACAUAAUCAGGUUACAGAUAAAAACUAAACACUCAUGGAUAUUUUUCGUUCUCUCGAUUUUAGGAACUAUUUCGCAAAUAAUCCCAUUCAAACAACAAUAAUUGUACUUACUGCUAGCGUUGCUUUAUUAAAGAAGUGGUUAGCUGGAAAAUCUUGUCAUAGUUUUAAUAGAUUGGAUGGUAAAACUGUUAUCAUUACGGGAGGUAACACAGGAAUUGGAAAAGAAACAGCAAUAGAUCUGUCCAAAAGAGGUGCAUCAAUUAUACUCGCCUGUCGAGAUGUAAAGAAAGGAAAAGAUGCGGUUAAAGAUAUUCAGUUUAUUACCGGAAAUAUCAAUAUCAAAUUUAUGCAACUCGAUCUUGCUUCAUUCAAUUCUAUUCGUAGUUUUUCCGAAGAAGUACUGAAAUCCGAACCACAAAUACAUAUUCUCAUCAAUAAUGCAGGGUUAGGAGCUACUCCGUUCCAGAAAACUCAAGAAGGAUAUGAAAUGCAAUUCGGUGUAAACCAUUUAGGGCAUUUUCUUUUGACUUUAUUACUUUUGGAUCGCAUUAAAAAUUCAGCUCCUGCACGAAUCAUUAAUGUUUCAUCAAUGGCUUAUAAAUAUGGAAAGAUAAAUUUUGACGAUUUAAACUCCGAGAAGAAUUAUAAACCCAUACCAGUAUAUUGUCAGAGUAAAUUGGCCAAUAUUUAUUUUACACGCGAAUUAGCCAAACGUUUAGAAGGCACAAAUGUAACAACGUAUUGUCUUCAUCCAGGAGUAGUAGACACUAAAUUAGGGCGAUAUUUAAAAGAAUCGUCGGGAUUGCAUUACAGGAUAGCUUUUUAUAUAGUUUCGAAGUUGUUUUUCAAAUCAUCAAAACAAGGAGCACAAACGACGAUUUAUUGCGCUGUUGCCGAGGAACUCGCAAAAGAAUCAGGUCAUUUUUAUGAAAGCUAACACAUCAAUAUUUGGUUCAUAGUUUGAAGUUUUUAAUUUUAUGCACAAUUGGCGCAUAUUGUGCUCUAAAUGCCAAUUCUUGCUUUGAUGAAAAACAUAUAGAUAUGCGAGGAUCCGAAUUCGGAUGUGUUUAUAUCAUCUCAUCAUAAGAUCACAUCGUAGUCCUACUUUCAUUCCACGGUGUCAUAAGAUCACAGUACAGCUAUACUUUUGUUCAAUAACUGUCAACUGUUACACCUGGGAGUUAAACAUCUGUUAAGUUCUCAGGCCUAAUAAAGACACUUUCUCAUCACCUUUCGACCUAGUAUAGCGAUUUUAACAAUUCAACAUUAGACAAGAACAACAAGGUGAGUCAGUCGUCGCCAGUUCUUCCAUCGGAUUACUUCUACGUAAUAUCUGUGCUCCUUGGGAUACAUACCUCUUCGCUUGGAAAUAUCAAAAAUCGUCUAAUAUCAAGAAUCGCCUAAUAUCAAAGGAAAAGAACUAUUGGACUAUUGGACUUAACACUACCUUCCCGCACUUUCUGUCUUACCGACUGGAUCCAGAUCAAGAUAUCAAAAAAGGUAUUUAUCGCCACGCGUAUGAAUUGUAAACUCUCUCUCUCGAGCACGCUCAGUUAACUUUACUUUCGAACUUUACUAUCAACGUACUAUAAGAUAUGUAUUCCCUAUCAUUACCCAUUAAACAUUUGUUACGUUAAUCACUUCCGGUGUACUGUCUCUCCUUCUAUCUCGACUCUGAUCGCUCGUUACCCGACCGCUCGCGUGACAUAAAUAACGUGGCUUCCGUGUCCGCCGAGACGCGGUGGUGUCAUCCUGACAGGGCACCAAAGAGGUGCCGACCCUUCGGUCAC